CUUCUACUUUUUGGGCCAAAUUUUUCCAAGUCGAAAGGGCGGGUUUUUAGCAUAUAUUCUCCUGUUCUUCUCGUACUAUCGGGGUUGUGUGGCUCUUACAGUUAGGAAUCUUAUACCAUGACGACCUUGCAAGUUUAUGCACACCGAUUGGGAGAUCCUAAUCUAGGCAUCGGUCUCAAGGUCACCAUUGCAAAUGAACUCAGAGACCAAGUGGAAGUAUUCCAGACGCUGGAAUAUCCUCGAUUUCUGUCUACGCUUAUUCCCGUGUUCCUCGAUAUUCUCCAAAACGGAACGCCUGUAUUCGUCAGUAACGCGCCGGAACAAAAACUGCGUAAUAUUCUUUUGGAAAUCAUAUUCCGUCUACCUCAAACCGAACCUUUGAAGCAAUAUGCUGCCGAUAUAUCGCGAACCUUGAUGCAAUUACUUCGUGUUGAGAAUGAAGACAAUGCCGUUGUUUGCGUAAAGAUCAUUAUUGAUCUCCAUCGAUCCUUCCGACAUGUCCUCGAAGACCAAGUUCAGCCUUUCUUGGAUAUUGUUCAAGAAAUCUUUCAAAAUAUGGAACAAGCCGUCAAGGACGCUUUUGACGUACCAUGCACGCCAGCCGGAUCGGCGGUGACGCCUGGUCCUAAUCCAUUGCUAGCCACCUCGCCACGGCCCAUGUCUCCAGCUUCCGAUGUCCCCGAAACACCUUCCAAAGUCUUGGCAAAGAGUUUAUACAGCUUCAAAGUACUGACCGAAUGUCCAAUUAUCGUUGUCUUGAUGUUUCAAUCUUAUCGACGUUACGCAAGCGAUAACAUUAUGAAAUUCAUCCCUCUUAUUUUCUCGACUCUUAAUUUACAAGCCAAACCCCAAGCAGAAGCGGCCGAGGCGGCUCGUGCUCGAGGCGAGGUGUUUGUAGGCGUCAGUCCAGAGAUUCGCAACCGAAGUGUAUACAAUGACUUUAUCGUUGCUCAAGUCAAGACCAUGUCUUUUCUAGCCUACAUUCUACGUAGUUAUACUGCUUUAUUAAGGCCAUAUCAGAAUCAGAUUCCCGAUUUUGUCAUUCGAUUAUUAAGAGACUGUCCACCGGAAUCGACCGCCACAAGAAAAGAAUUGCUGGUGGCAACAAGACACAUCCUUUCAACCGACUUUCGCACUUCCUUUGUAUCCAAGAUUGAUAUCUUGUUGAACGAAAAGGUGCUCAUUGGAAACGGCGUCACGUCUCACGAUACUUUAAGGCCACUUGCUUACAGCAUGCUUGCUGAUCUCGUCCAUCAUAUUCGAUCUGAACUUACGCCUGCUCAACUUUCACGUACUGUGCACAUCUAUUCACGCAAUUUACACGACCCUACAUUAGCACCGAGCAUACAAACGAUGUGCGGCAAGUUGUUAUUAAACUUGAUCGAUUGCAUUAUCAAGAACCCCAACAAGAUGGAAGCCCGAGAUCUGCUGAUGCGAAUUUUGGAGGCUUUUUUGAAUAAAUUCGCAGCGCUCAAUAUCCAGUUUGACACAUGCUUGCGUGAAUAUAAAAAGAGGAAGCAACAAUCCACGACGGAUGAAUCCGAUGCUGCAAAGAAAAGUGAUGGAGAUAUUCUUGAAGUUUUCGAUUUUGAACGCGCUCGUUCAAUUCAUACAGCAGGCUACAUUCCAGAUCCAUCCCAUGAUGGUGUAAAGGAUGGUCGGUUCAUGUUCAGAAAUUUCAUCAUUGGCAUGAAACCGCUAUUUAUUGGCUUGCGCCAUUGUAAUUCACCUCCACCUGCUGGGCAGGAUGCCGUCAACUUGCAAAACUAUGCUCAAUACGCUCGCAACUUUUCGCAAUCGGAUAUCGAUAUUUUUCUCGGGCUGUUCCGCGAAGGGCUCAUGUGCUUUGAAUAUUUCAACGUGGACAAUUAUGACAGCGACGGAUCGUUACCAAACUUUGCAUCGGACCAGCAAGAUUCAGAAGAAGGCUCCAUAGGGUCCAAUGCAUUGUCUCUCAAACUUGGAACUCAAGUCAACGGAGAGAAGGAGUUACUAGAUAUGUUCUCCACCGUUUUUACCUUGUUGGAUCCGGCCAUUUUCCAAGAAAUUUUCGCCUCUCAGAUCGAGUUUUACUUUAAGCAAACGUUGAUCAACCCUGCACUCGUCAACGUGGCUCAUUACUACCUCAUCAACGAGACCUCCACCCAGGGAUUCGCCGGUAUUCUCCUCCGAUUCUUGGUAGACCGUAUCGAUCGACUCGGUGACUCUGAUAUGCACUAUUCCGCCGUCUUGUUACAUUUAUUCCGCUUAACAUUUAUGGCCGUGAAUCUUUUUCCCGACGCCAACGAAUCCAUCUUGCAGCCCUAUCUGGCGAAUCUUGUCAUGUCCUGUUUCAAAUUAUCGUCCAAAGCCAAGGAACCUGCCAAUUAUUUCUUGCUUCUGCGAGCGCUGUUCAAGAGUAUUGGCGGAGGCCGGUUUGAGCUUUUGUACAAAGAAGUGUCGCCGUUGUUGCAGGUGCUGCUCGAAAACUUGAAUUCGUUACUCACGUUGGCCCAUAAACCCGAAAUGCGAAAUCUAUUUGUGGAGCUGUGUCUUGCUGUACCUGUGCGUCUCAGUACUCUUCUUCCUUACCUGCCUUACUUGAUGCGUCCACUAGUGAUUGCGCUUCAGGCCGAUCAGGAACUUGUAUCUCAGGGAUUGCGAACGAUGGAACUGUGCAAUGACAAUCUGAAUCCCGAUUUUCUCGAUCAUAUCAUGGCGCCCGUAAUGAAAGAUUUGAUGAAUGCGCUGUGGAGUCAUUUGAAACCACUGCCGUACAAUCAGCAGCACAGCCAUGCAGCGAUGCGAAUUCUUGGCAAACUCGGUGGACGCAACCGACGCAUGCUGCGAACGCCUCCACGACUGGACUGUAAUUUACGUGCUGAAAGUGGCGUGUCCGUGGAAAUCAUGUUUGAUCCGAAUACCACCCCGCACGUUCUUCCUUUGGACAAGUGCUUGGAAAUUGCCAUCAAGACCAUUGAUCAAACCAAUGCCGACGACUUUUACAAAAAGGAAUCCUACGUGUUCCUCAAAUCCAACAUCAUUCUCAUGCUCGAGCUCGAUGAAGGAUCGUCAGAUUUGGCCCAAUCACUCUACCAACGCAUCAAUGGCGUCUUGAUUUCUUCAGGGGAUGAAAAUGGAUCUCGCAAAUCGACCGCAGGAGAGGACGAGGCGGCCAAUGAAGCAGGCGACAAUACGGUUAUUGGCACGGCUUUGGAAGAAAAUGGACUGAAACCCAAACGGUUGUCCGGCAACGGCUAUACAAAGUACCUGGCGAAACGGGCCGCGCAAGAAGAUGCGUUGCGCACGAUUCUCGUAGCCAUCAUCAAAGCCUCGACGAUCCCCAGUCUAAGCGAUGACGCGUGGCCUUUCUUCCAGAACAUUUGCCGUCAUUUCAUGCUUUUGCAUAUUGGCGAAGCGAUUGAGGCGACGGAAAGUGGGACCAAGCCACUCUCGGAUAUGAUGGACGAACGUUUGGCCGUACAGAACCUGAACACCACCAUUCUUGUGGAUGCGAUUGUCGAAAUCAUUUCAUCCGAAGACAGCAAAUUGAGAAAACGAGCCGAGCAAGCGUUGCAACUUUGUUUCGAGACGGCCGUGACCAUGUUGGGCGGCAAGGAUUUCGUUUGGAAAUUACCCAUCUUCCGUGUAUUUGCGUCUCAAUUCUGCUCAUGCUGUUACAAGCAAGAAUGGUACAAAAAGCGGGGCGGUUGUCUGGGCAUUUCCAUUUUGAGUGCGCAGAUUGACAUGGGCACCAAGUGGAUGAGGGAACAUGAACUGGAAUUUAUUCGCUCGUUACUUUUCGUCCUCAAGGACGCCUCUCCCGAAAUGGCCAAUGUCAAUACAGCCGAAGCGACACAGACCCUCUCGCAUGUUUUGAAAGUGUGCAAUCGACCUGAAGAUGAUAAAUCGCAAGAAGCGCAGCAAAAGUUCCAAAAUCUGAUCGCAUUGUUAUUAAGCGAACUUUCCAACUCCAACAGUGCGGUCCGUGAGACCAUUCAGUCGUCUUUCCAGUUAUUGGCGGAUCUUACCGGAAACGAAGUCACCGAACUGCUGGCACCGGUGCGCGAACGACUGGUUGCACCGAUUUUCGCAAAACCGUUGCGUGCACUCCCGUUUGCUAUGCAAAUUGGUCACAUUGAUGCCAUCACUUACUGUCUUACGCUGCGACCUCCGUUCCUCGAGUUCAACGAUGAAUUGAUCCGAUUGCUUCAUGAAGCGCUUGCGUUGGCCGAUGCGGAAGAUCAAGCUCUCGUGAGCCGUAGUUCUCAGUAUAAAAACGCGACGUCAUUGAUGAAUCUUCGUAUCGUUUGUAUCAAGCUCCUGUCGGCGGCGAUGGCAUGCUCCGAUUUCUCCAACCAACGUCAAACACAUACUCGUGCGCGCAUAAUUCAAGUGUUUUUCAAAUCACUGUAUUCGAAAUCCCCCGAAGUCGUGGAAACUGCUCACAAGGGAUUGAAACAAGUCUUGUCACAGCAACAUAAACUGCCCAAGGAACUCUUGCAACAAGGCUUGCGGCCUAUCCUCACCACACUGUCCAAUCACAAGACACUCAGCGUGGCCGGUCUGGAGGGUUUGGCGCGAUUGUUGGAGUUGUUGACCAACUAUUUCAAAGUGGAAAUCGGCAAGAAGCUGUUGGAUCAUUUAAAGCAGUGGGCUGAACCCAAAGUUCUUCAAGAAGCGGCGGGUAAACCUCUGAGCGAUAAUCAUGAAAUCAAGAUUAUUGUGGCGAUUUUGAACGUAUUCCACUUGCUGCCGGCGGCGGCUCACAUCUUUUUGGAUGAUCUGGUGACCGUUGUCUUGGAAAUGGAAGGGCACCUUCGUCGAGCCAUCUCCAGUCCGUUCCGUCCGAACCUUAUCAAGUAUUUGAACCGAUAUCCCUCCGAGACGAUCACCUACUUUUUCGACCGAUUGAAUUCCACGAGCCACAGUCGAUUAUUCAUUGGUAUUCUAGGCAGCGAGAUGGCACCACAGUUGUGUGAAGAAGUCGGCAAGCAGUACAUGCAGCUGGUGGAGAAAACGCUAAGCUCUACUGAUAACCCUGUCAUGUACCAUCAGGGUAUUCUCAUUGUCCGCGAGUUGAUCAAGUAUGAUCCUGAGUGGCUGACGGGUCGGCGCGAGGUAUUGGAUGGUCUGCUAAACAUCUGGCGUAUGCCGAGCCGGUUCGAGCUCAUGAAGAAGGAUGAUCAGCACGGCACCCAUGUCACUCGUGAAACCAUGUACUUGGCCAAUAUAUUGAUUGCCCACUUGCGAUCGAAUCCCGACGAAACCGACUUGAUCUUUGAACUCGUAGUUCUCUUUGCGCAAGAAUCGGCCAUGGAUUUGACCUUUUUGCGAAAUUUCCUCAUGAACGAUGUGGCGCUGAAAUAUCCUCCUUCUCGAAAGCGCAAGAUUUUUGAUAAAUUUUUGCAACAAUUCAACGACACUUCCAUCACCAUUGCUUUGAAGAUGCUGACGUUGCGCCAUAUGGUGAAUCCGAUGCUUUUGGUGGCGUUGGUGCAGCAGCAAGACACGAACAACGAGCUAUUUGAUGCAUCAAUGAUGGAACGAUUGGAUUUCAAAUCGUGGACUAACAUCAUGUCCGACUCAUCUGAGGAGAAACAGUACAUUGAAGACUCGUUGCGUAUUGAACUAUUGCAACUGACGGCCAUGAUUGUGCAGUACGCCUCAUCUUUGUUAGCCGACCAUCGUAAGGAAGUCAUCAAGUUUGGAUGGAAUUACCUUCGUUGCGAAGACGCUACCACCAAGCAAGCGGCGUAUGUUCUGAUCGCGCGAUUUAUUUCUGCCUAUGAAACACCUAGCAAAAUUACCAUCCAGAUUUAUGCCGCGCUUUUGCGUGCUCAUCUUUCGGAAGCGCGUGUACUUGUAAAGCAAGGUCUGGACGUUCUUGCGCCGGUGGUGCCCAAACGCGUUCCACUCACGGGGUCCGAGAGGAUCCCUACCUGGGUCCGAUUGACGCGCAAGGUCGUCGUGGAAGAUACACACAGCAUUUCGCAAAUGAUCAACGUUUAUCAGUUGCUGGUUCGUCAUGCCGAUCUGUUCUAUGAUUACCGUGAACACUUUUUCCCACACAUUGUGAAUGCGUUACCGAAGCUUGGCCUGCUGCAGAAUGCGACUCCCGAACAAAAACUGCUUACAUGUGAACUGGCGCAACUCAUCUUAAAGUGGGAAAGGACGCGUAUUGCGGCCGAUGAGACGGACGAUCCAAUGGACAUUUCUCCCGACAAGCGUGGAUCUGAGACACCGGCUUCCGAGUCGCCACGAAAGAAGGUUCAAGUCGAAGGAUCGUCGGGCGAGGUGAAGGCUGUGGCGGCCGAAUCGCCCAAUACAAAUACCAAAGAAUACGUUCCCAGUUUGACCUUGCGAGAAAAUUUGGUCGGCUAUCUGGUGCGUCUGGCUUGCAGCAUGUACAACCCAUCGGACCUCGCACAUCAAGCCCUGGUUCAGCGCGUGCUGGCUUUGAUCAAGGAAUUUUUGAAUUUGUCGGCCUGGUCGGAUGUCCAUGUCAAGUUUUCUCACCUGGAGCGUACAUUGACUGUAAAGGAGAUGAACGAUUUAUUGAUUCCCAGCGUAUGCAGCGCGCUUGAAGUGCUAAAUAUGGAUAUGGCUCACAAACCGGCGGAAUGGUUUAUUGUCAACAUGAAUCAGCUGUAUCGAUUGUUGGAAACCAGUAUCAAGUCCGACAACGUUCGCGUGCAAACUGCUUUGAAUCCAGUGCUUAUUCGCGUUUUCCAGGCCAUUCAAAAGACAACGCCCGUGGAAACGGCCGAACAAGAAUCGCAAAAUCCCGAUGUGGCCAGUUUCGUAGCUUUGGUGGAUUCCACCAUCACCGAUGGACUAGCAAGUUUAACAAACAAUUACGCGGUGAUCAAACUGUUGCAGGCAGUGUCCAGCGGUCGUAGCGAGCACUUGGAUGGCUUCCUUCCGGGCAUCGUAAAGAUGUUGCAAAAGCUGACCAAAGAACAUACCAUGCCCGUGCAAGCCAUGCCGAAUGCGAAUGUAGACGCUCAAGUGAAUUUGUUGAUCAUGGGAUUGAAUUUGCUGAGGAAACGAAUCUCUCAUUUGGGAGAUCAACGACGAUGGUUUUUGACGUGCUUGAUCCAACUGAUUGAAAAGUCACCUCGCGUAGACCUGUUGCGCACGAUUUUGGAUAUGCUCAGUGAAUGGACGCUCGGAAAGACCGAAACAUUCCCUACGAUCAAAGAAAAAUCGGGAUUGUUGGUCAAGAUGAUGUCUGUGGAACAGCGAAACGAUCCCAAAUUGAUCGAAGAUUUCCUGCAUCUGGUCAUUCAAAUUUACAGCAAUCCGGCCUUUGCACGAUCUGAACUUACGGUGCGUCUGGAGCAAGCGUUCUUGUUGGGCACACGAAACAGCAACCCGCGUAUUCGUACGCAAUUCAUGCGCAUUUUUGACCGCAGUGUCAGUCGACCUCUGUACACCCGUCUCAACUACAUCUUUGGCGUGCAGAAUUGGGAAUCGCUGGCCAGCACUUUCUGGUUGCAACAGGCGCUCGAUUUACUGCUAAAUGCCGUCAAGGCCAGUCCGAAUUUGACGUCAACGCACAGCCUAAAGAUCAAAUCCAUUCGUACCAUUGCCGAUCAAGCCGAAGCUAGCAUGACGCUGGAUGUCCCUAACGAUGUGAAUGAUCUCAUUCAACAGCACCAAGCGUUCCUGAGAGAUCUCAAAGGAUUUGAUAUCAACCAUAUCAUUGAAAGCGUCAAGCAACUUCAGUACGUCGAUCCUUACGGCACGUAUAAUCUGUGGGUCGAGUUAUUCCCUCUGUGUUGGUCAAACCUCACGGCGACCGAACGGCAUGACCUUGUCAAACUGAUCACCAUGCUUCUGGCCAAAGACUACCAUAUCAAGCAAGCAAACCAGCGUCCGAAUGUGAUUCAAGUCCUGCUCACUUGCUUUGCACGCGUGAACACUGUGAUUCCGUUACCUCCUCAUCUGAUCAAGUACCUUGGCAAAACACACAACGGAUGGCAUACAGCCAUUGAAAUUCUUCAGCAAUCAGCAUCAUAUGGUCGAGUGUCGGACCUGUCCAAGGACGACCAAAACCGUCGAGAACGGACGUUGGAUGCUCUUGCAGAGAUGUAUUCUGAUCUAGGCGAAAUGGAUAUGUUUUACGGUUUGUGGAGACGACGCAGUACUUACAGCGAGACCAAUGUGGCGGUGUCAUGCGAACAGAGCGGAAUGUGGGCUCAAGCGCAAAACAUGUACGAGAAUGCGCAGAUCAAAGCACGAAGCGGGGUGUUGCCGUUUACCGAGUCCGAGUACAUGUUGUGGGAGAAUCAUUGGAUCUCGUGUACACAAAAGUUGCAGCAGUGGGAUAUUUUGACAGAUUUGGCCAAGCACGAUGGUAAUGUGAAUCUGUUGUUGGAGUGUGCGUGGCGACUUUCGGAUUGGACGGCCGAACGUGAAUUAUUGGAGCAAUCGCUUCAGCAAGUAGUCGACGAACCGAACCCGCGACACAAAGUGUUUGAAGCGUUUUUAUCCUUGAUCAAAUCGCAAAGCAGCGAACAUUCGGAAUUCAAUCGUAUUUGUGAAGAAGGCGUGCAAAUGACAUUGCAAAAAUGGCAUUCGUUACCUCCGAUUGUGUCUCAGAGUCAUCUGCCUUUGCUGCAAAUAUUCCAACAGUAUCUGGAAAUGCAAGAAGCGAGUCAAAUCUUUAACAGCUUGCUGACGACGACGGCUCAGAAUUUGGAUCAACGAUCGGCGGAAUUACGAAGCAUUUUAGGCACAUGGCGCGAACGAUUGCCAAACACGUGGGACGACAUCAAUGUGUGGAGUGAUCUUGUAGCGUGGCGUCAGCACAUUUUCAGUGCCAUCAACCGAACCUAUUUGCCUUUGAUCCCGUUAUUACCUCCGCAAUCGGGCACGGGAAAUGCCGGUGCUGGAAAUUCGUUUGCGUACCGUGGAUAUCACGAAACAGCAUGGAUUAUCAACCGGUUUGCCCAUGUUGCACGCAAGCACCAGCUGUAUGACGUGUGUAUCAAUUACUUGACCAAGAUUUACACGCUGCCAAAUAUCGAGAUCCAGGAAGCCUUCUUGAAAUUGCGAGAACAAGCCAAGUGUUACUAUCAGAAUCAGUCGGAAUUGUCGGCGGGUCUGGACGUGAUCAACAACACCAACUUGAUGUACUUUACACAGCAACAAAAGGCCGAAUUCUUUACUUUGAAGGGCAUGUUCCUGGCGAAACUGAACCACAACAACGAGGCGAAUGAAGCCUACGUGAACGCGGUGCAAAUAGAUCUGUCUUUGCCACGAGCUUGGGCCGAAUGGGGUCGAUACAACGAUCGACGAUUCACUGACAACCCCAAGGAUCUGAGCUGGGCGAACAAUGCGGUGAGCUGUUACUUGCAAGCAGCAGGAAUCUACAAGAACGCCAAAGCUCGCAAAUACCUACUCCGUGUGCUGUGGUUACUGAGUCUGGAUGAUCAGAAUGGUACGAUUUCACGCGCAUUUGAAGGAUACAAAGGAGAAUGGCCAGUCUGGUACUGGAUUACAUUUAUUCCACAGCUAUUGGUGGCCUUGCAGCAUAAAGAAGCGAGACAUGCACGAGCGAUCCUCAUUCGAAUUGCCAAACAAUAUCCUCAAGCGCUCCACUUUCAACUUCGUACGGCUAAGGAAGACAUGACAAAGAAAGCGACUAUGGCGCCUGUCGCCCCUCCGGAACCGGCUGCCGCGCCGACCACGGCCAAUACCCAAGGCGAGAAAUCACCGUCUGUGAAGGAAGAACCGGGCACCCCUGCCACGGCUGCGACCGAUGCCAAGUCUAUGGACGCGUUCAAAACCGCGGCGGCCCAGGUCGGGGAACCCUCUGGUACGACGGAAGAAGGCAGUCGCAAUGAUGAUGCUGCUGACGCCAGUGAAGGCAAGAGUGAUUCGAUGGAUGUGGAUGUAGCUGAAAACGAGACGGCCAAGAAGGAAUCCGAAGAGGACGAAAAUAAGGACACUGGGGAUGCAUCGACAGCCGCUCAGGGUGAUUCAUCUCAACCGGCGUCGGCGACUCCCAAUCCCGCUUCGGAUGGUGGUGAAUCGAAAGAGGAAUCUGCUCAAAAGACAGAAGAAUCUUCUUCAUCGACUGCUCAGGAAAAGUCCAAGACUGAGGCUGGUAAGCCACCCCAGGCUCCCGCCACGGCGACACCAGGCUCGUCUGCGGCUGCUCCUGCCAAGGAUCAAGCCGCAACGGCCUCCAAUGCGCCUCAUCCAUUGGAUGAAAUCAUGGCCAUGCUGAAGACCGGAUACCCCUUGUUGGCGCUUUCAAUGGAAACCAUGGUCGAUCAAAUCCAAAUCAAGUUCAAGCCCCAAGCAGAUGAGGAUAUGUAUCGCCUAGUCGUUGCAUUAUAUAAUGAAGGCGUUACGCAAUUACUAACGCGACUGCUGAAUCCUGGUGAUUCGCUUCAACUGGCACAAACGACGAUGGCCAACAUUGCGCGUCUUGCCGACACCCUGUAUCCCGGUCAUAUGAAGACGGCGUUUAUCAACGACUUUGCGAAGUCCAAGCUCAACUUGGAGGAAUAUGUUGCCAAAUUACGAUUAUGGCGCGAUAAAUUCGAAGCCAUGUUGGAUGCUCGUCCACGAAAACAAAAACUUGAAACAUGCAGCCAUUAUUUGGUGGAAUUCCAGCAUCAAAAAUUCGAUGAUGUUGAAAUUCCAGGGCAGUAUCUGCAGCUUACGGAUAAUGCCAACGAUUUCCUGCGUAUUGAUCGAUUCUUGCCCGAGGUGGAGGUGGUUCGAAGCUAUGGCAAUUGCUGGCGUCGUCUCAAGAUUCGUGGUCAUGAGGGCAGCAUUCAUCCGUUUGUGAUUCAAAAUCCUGCUGCACGUCAGUUCCGUAGAGAAGAGCGCUUGAUGCAGCUCUUCCGAAUCCUGAACAACGUCCUUGCCAAACGCAAAGAAAGCCGGUCUCGUAAUUUGGCAUUCCACCUCCCUGCUAUCGUUCCCCUGGCUCCCAAUGUUCGCAUGGUAAAAGAUGAUCCAUCCUAUUGCACGCUUUACGAUAUCUAUGAAGAUCAUUGUGACAGCGUCAAUAUGCACAAGGACGAUCCUCUCGUUUUCUACAUGGAUAAGAUCAAGUCUAAUACUCAAGUUAAGAAAGAUAUCCUCAAUCAAAAGACCGAGUUGCUCAAUCUAAAGAUGGAAAUCAACGACGAAAUUGCAAACAAUAUGGUGCCUUCCAAUAUUCUGAGCAAGUAUAUGUUACGCACCAUGGGAAGCUACACGGAUUACUGGAUGUUCCGUAAACAGUUUACGGCUCAAUAUGCUACGGCGACAUUCAUGAGCUACAUAUUCAGUGUGGGUCACCGAAAUCCUCACAAGAUUGCUAUCUCACGAAGCACCGGCGAUAUCUGGACGAUGGAGUUCUUACCUGGAUGGAAUUCGAACCAGCCCAUGUUUGGCAAUGGCGAAUCUGUUCCUUUCCGAUUCACUCCCAACAUUCAAGAUUUCAUUACUCCCGUAUGGCUUGAAGGCCUGUUCACCAGUUGCUUGAUGGCCACGGCUCGCAGUCUUACAGAACCUGAACUUGAAUUGGAUCAGUACCUCAGUCUGUUUGUUCGCGACGAAUUAAUGAUAUGGCACAUGUCCAAUCAUCGCUCCGUCACGGAUGCUCAAGUUCGCGAACGCAUCAAUACCAAUGUUCUGCAAAUCAUGGCUAAAGCUCGAUUCUUGUCUUGCAAAUCUGAACGUGAAAAGACAAUUAAUGCAAAUAAGCCAACCAAUCAAAAUGUGAUUGAUCUAAUUUCGCAAGCCAGCAAUCCUCAAAAGAUGGCACAAAUGGAUUGCACAUGGAUGCCGUGGUUGUAAAGCUCUUAUUAUCCCUUAAUACUCGUUUGUUCUUUUUCCUUUUUCUUGCGUAUUUCUUCUUUUCACUCUGUACAGUUUAAAUAAAGUUCAUUCAAGGAAUGAUUAUUAUCCUU